AUGUCGCUCUUCAAAACCAGAGAGUUUUGGUGCACUCAUUCCGAGGACGACGAGUACUUCGAUCAAAAUUCGUUAGUAGUGUCUCGACUUAAUUCGGAAAGUGAUUUUGUGAUAACUGGCAGUCAAAGUGGUGUUUUGAGAGUUUUUAAACCGUCAAGUCAAUUAACAGAGAACAAUAAUUUUACUGGUUUUAAACCAACUGAUUUAUUAAUAGAGAAAAUCAUUAAUGACCCAAUUUUGCAAGUGGGUACCGGAAGGCUCAUAUCGGGAUCCGUAAAUGUUCAAGUGGCUGUUUUACAUAGCAGAUUAUUAUCAAUUUACACGUUAAGCACCAAAGAAGGAGCGGUUGAACAUGGAACGCAAAACUUACUUCAUUUAUUGUAUGAACACAACCUUCGUAGAUCCGCCGCUAAUUUUGUAAUAGGUCCAUUUGGAGGUAUUCAAAAUAGAGACUUUGUAUGUGUUCAAUCGUUAGACGGCAUGAUGUCGUUUUAUGAACAAGAAAACUACAGUUUUAGCUGUUUCUUGCCCGACUUUUUACUACCAGCUCCUUUUACGUACGUCCCAAAGACUGAUAGUUUUAUUACCUGCUCAUCUAAUUGGUUUAUCGAAAGUUAUGGCUACAAGAAACUUUCAGAAGUUAGCGACAGAGACGACGAUAACAACGACCUAAGAACAAAAAUUGCUUACGACUGGACCUAUAACUUGGGCGAGUCAAUAUCCGACAUUAAAGCCAUCGAAGACAACAUGAAAAAAGAAUCGGCCAUCAUGAUAUUAGGCGAGAGAAAUUUAUAUUGCUUAAGCGACAAAGGUCGGCUCAAGUUCAUGAAAAAAUUAGAUUACUCGCCAAUCUGCUUUAAUACAUACUACUUAGAAGAGAAAGUCAUGACUCUCGUGGUAUCUGAAACAAGUACUCUGGUAAUAUAUCAGAACACGUCGGUGAAAUGGUCGGCCCAACUGCAAUUCCUUCCCAUUUGCAUAGCACGGGCGUUUUUAAGGACCCUUUGGGGGGCUGUGGUGUUAUUGUCGGAGGAGGGACGAUUGGAGUGCUGUUACUUAGGCACAGAUCCGAGUUUAUUUGUGGCACCUCCUUUAAAUGCCAAAGAAAUCGAUUUCGAACAGGCCGAAAGCGAACUGGCAACUUUAAACAAGAUCAUUAAAAAUGCACAAGGCAAUGACAUAAAGGUCACAAAUGCGUCAGCAGAAAGAGAGCUUGCUAUAAAUGUUUCAGUCAGUCCACAUCUGGAGCCGUGCACUUAUUCCACCAAUUUGACCACCGAGGACCAAAAAAUGUGCACAAUUAAAAUAGACAUUCUUCCUCAGGCCUUGUUCGAGGAAAUCCAAAUAUCAUAUUCAGUUCAGCAGCCAAUAAAAGUAUCACCCCAAGUGGAGUUUUUCAGCAACCUAUCUGAACGUACAUCAAUUAAUUGUCACUGCUUUUUGGCUGAUAAUAUGGAAAUUUGCAGCCUAAACUUUACCGUCAUGGCGUCAUUUAUAUCUAGCCUGGGUGUUCCCCGAACUAUUACCAAAGUUGCAAUGCUGCCCAUAAAUCUGGCUUUGGAAACUUGUGCCGCCCAAAAAGAAAACGAACACAAGAUUACGAUCAACAUCAACGACAGUCCCGUUCCUCUCACCGUCUUAUUCCCGGAAUUUAUGGGCGAAAACUCCCUCACUCAAUCAAGCAACGCAAUCGGCUUUAGAAACAUCACUGGGGAGGGAAAAAUCGUCUCCAUAUUACUGGCCAAGUCAUCGGAGAGAUACCGUCUACAAUCGGACUCAUUUGCUUCGUUAAACUUACUAAUUGAACUAAUCAUUUACCGAUUGAAGAAGCACUUCGCCAACAAGAGCGAUUUCCACGUUUCCUAUGGCUCGGCUUUGCCUGGUAAUGAGGCCGUUUGUUAUUUGAAUUCGCAUUUUAACGUUCGACUGAGGGUGAAACAGCUACAGAAUGAGCUGUUGCACUUCAGUUCCCAGUAUAGGGUUAUACAAAAGAGACUGAUAGCUAGAUUUAAAAUAAAAAAUCCUACAUCACUGACUAAUUUACAAUUUUUAUUGGAAGACACAUAUUCGGAUAUAAUUAAGAUUACGGAUGAGCUAGUGGAGGAAACGAGAAAUCUUGUCAGAUCGCAAGUCGAAUUGUCUUGUGCCUUGAAGGUGAUUAAGAAUUUAGUGGAGAUAAUGGACAUUAAAAAGGAACUAAAGGAGCAGAUUACGUCUCUUUUUUGCGAAAACGUCAUGGAUAUUGAUAGUCAAAAUUGGGAGGAUGUAAUGGAUGGCGCACUGUGUUAUCUAUUGCGUACCAGUUUGGCUAAGUCGGAGAAAGAUAAGCUCCGUGCUGCCCACAGUAGUUUUGAGGAAGUGAAAGAUGUGUCAAAGGUCGAGAAACAUUUAACACAAGUGUUGGAAAGAAUUCAAAAAAAAGGAGUACUACUGAAACCUGAUGAAGACGAACUGGAGAGCAAUGAUGAAGAUGAAGAAAGAACGGUUGAAGAAAAAGCUCUUGUACCCAUAGGAAGUCAGUUUGGAGAGUCGAGUACUAGGUUGCUUUCUGCCAGGAAGAGUUUGUUGAAAAGGAGACAAAACUUGCAAGAACCCAAACUUGAUGUUGAAAGUUGAAAUAUUCAAAUUAAUGUUACAUUGUUAUUAUUUUACAAGAAAUUAAUAAAUUAAUUGAUGCAAAUUUA